AUGACAAGCAUAUGUCUGACUUCUGAAGACACCCUUGGGUCUGAUAGUCUGCUCGAUCUGGUUCAGAGCGUCAGUGGACGCUCUUGGCCAGAGGCCAGCGUAUAUGAUGAUUGCACUUUCUCACGACGGUCAACUGUUGCUCCGGCACUUGAUGAUAAUUCGGCUUUGACAAGCCGUGCACCUGAAACGCGGCACGAGUAG